CGUUUUGAUAUUUCCCUCCACAUUUAACCGUUCUAAACAAAGACAAACCCUAGCCCCCAACCAGAACUCCCGCUGCCUCCGUCUCUCGCAUCACCGCCGUCAGUCGGCGAGAGUGGCCAGGACCGACAAUGUUUGAAGACGGAUUCCCGGCGUGCAAGCUGUUCAGCCAAGGCUACUCCUACAGCUAUGAUGAUGUCAUCUUCCUUCCCCAUUACAUCGAUUUCCCCACUGAGGCCGUUUCCCUCGCCACCAGCCUCUCCCGCAACGUCCGCCUCUCCAUCCCCUGUGUCUUCUCCCCCAUGGAUACUGUCUCUGAGGCCCACAUGGCCGCUGCCAUGGCUGCCCUUGGCGGCAUCGCUUUCGUCCAUUCAACUGUUCAGCCAUGCAGCAGGCAUCCAUUAUCGGCUCCGCCAAGUUGCUCCGUGUCCCCAUAGCUCCCACCGUCGGAUUUGUUGAGCCUGAUGUUGCAGGUCGCUCUGGUGCUGCUGAUGGAAACUAUGUUUUCGUCACAGAGUCAGGUAAAAAAUAGGGCGGCUGCUUGUAAUCGGGAUGUGAAUAUUUUGAUAUGAAAGUUAUGGGCUAUUUUUCUUUUUUAGUAAUUCUCUGAUGAAACAAAUACUCUGCCAUCAAGGCUGUUGGGGUAUGUUAGCAAAAUCUGACUGGGAGGAGUUAAAGGACAAAGAUGUGAAAAUCUCUGAUUACAUGCGUGAUUGUACGAAUGUGGAGAAUGUUCGUGGAAUUAUGAUUUGGGGAAAAUUGAGGCGGUUUUGGUGGAUAAAAAGAGUGAUUUUGUGGUUCUAGAGAGGGACGGUGAGGUGGUCAAUGUAGUGAUGAAGGAUGAUGUGGAUAGGCUAAAAGGGUUUCCAAAGUUGGGGGUGGGAACAGUGGGGUCUGACAGCGAGUGGAUGGUUGGGGCAGCUAUAGGGACAAGGGAGUCAGAUAAAGAGAGUUUGGAGCUCUUGGUUAAGGCAGGGUUGAAUGUAGUGGUAUUAGAUAGUUCUCAAGGGAAUUCUAUAUAUCAGAUUGAGAUGAUCAGGUGCAUUAAAAGGACAUAUCCAGAGUUAGAUGUGAUUGGUGGAAAUGUGGUGACAAUGUAUCAAGCGCAGAAUUUGAUUCAGGCAGCUGUAGAUGGGUUGAGAGUUGGGAUGGGAUCUGGGUCUAUUUGCACCACACAGGAGGUUUGUGCUGUUGGCAGAGUCGCAGAGGACAGGUAAAUGAUCAUAUGGCAGCAUGAGACUUCACUAAAAUUCUUAGCAAGUAAAUCUUUUAGCGCUUCAAAGUGUGAAGCAUUACUUUCUUAUUUUGUCACUGUUAUAUCUGGGUUAUUUAACAACACAGUAAAAGGUAGUUGUCUUUUGUUAUUACUACUAAUAAAAGUUUUUUUUGUUU